AGGGCAGAGACAUGCGCAAAGCUUUUCCUUGUUUAUUUUCGUCACGAACGCGGGGAGAGACAGACAGCAGAUAAUGACAGACAGCAGAUAGGGCGAGAGAAUAAAAAACAAGGGGAAAAGAUAAGCGGCUGCCAGAGCCUCGACAAUAAUUGCAAUAACGGAAUUGUCUCUCGGUGCCUAAAAGCUUGUUCUUGAAAAACGUAUCACCACAUUUGGCAAUGAGGACAUCUGUCGCCCGUGCAUACCAUUUGUUUUUGGAGGAUUCGGGGACACAACUGAAUCGGGUUUUUACAGCUGAAAGGGUGUAAUUAAAGCUUGGAUAUAGGGAAAGGUUGGAAAUAGUGUGGAGAGGACGUUUUGGGCAGGACAUUUCACCAUAUCCAACGGAUACUUUAAAAAAAUGAUCUCAUCGUGUGUUAUUAAACAGAGGUUGAUUCCGUAGCCUACAAUUCCCAUUUCAAUCUAAUUUGUGGUGUUGGUUUUUUGAUUUUCCACUCAUCUUUUUCCGUGGUAAAGGAUGCCAGACCAGAUCUCGGUAUCCGAGUUCCUCUCGGAGACCACCGAGGACUACAAUUCCCCCACGACUUCCAGUUUCACCACCCGGUUGCAGAGCUGUAAGAACACCGUCAAUGUUCUGGAGGAGGCUUUGGAUCAAGACCGGACUGCUUUACAGAAGGUGAAGAAGUCUGUGAAAGCCAUCUACAACUCUGGUCAAGAUCACGUCCAGAAUGAAGGGAAUUAUGGCCAGGCACUGGACAAGUUUGGUAGCAACUUCAUCAGCAGGGACAACCCCGAUCUAGGAACCGCCUUUGUCAAGUUCUCCAGCCUCGUCAAGGAGCUGUCCGCACUUCUGAAGAACCUGCUCCAGAGCUUGAGCCAUAAUGUGAUCUUCACCCUGGACUCUCUUCUCAAAGGGGACCUCAAAGGAGUUAAGGGGGACAUAAAGAAGCCGUUUGACAAGGCAUGGAAGGACUAUGAGGCUAAGUUCACCAAAAUUGAGAAAGAGAAGAGGGAGCAUGCUAAACAACAUGGGAUGAUUCGGACUGAGAUUACCGGAGCUGAGAUUGCAGAGGAGAUGGAGAAGGAGCGACGUCUCUUCCAGUUACAGAUGUGCGAGUACCUGAUCAAAGUGAAUGAGAUCAAAACUAAGAAGGGAGUUGACCUGCUCCAGAACCUCAUAAGGUACUACCAUGCACAGUGCAACUUUUUUCAGGAUGGAUUGAAAACCGCAGACAAGUUGAAGCAGUAUAUUGAGAAGCUUGCAGCUGACCUGUAUAACAUAAAGCAGACCCAGGAUGAGGAGAAGAAGCAGUUGACGGCUUUAAGAGAUCUCAUUAAAUCAUGUCUGCAGCUGGACCAAAAGGAGGACUCUCAGAGCAAGCAGAGUGGAUACAAUAUGCACCAGCUACAGGGGAACAAGGACUUUGGCAGUGAGAAGAAGGGCAAUUUGAUGAAGAAAAGCGAUGGGUUACGGAAGGUGUGGCAACGGAGGAAAUGUUCUGUGAAGAGCGGCAUUCUCACUAUCGCACAUGCCACAUCUAACCGACAGCCUGUGAGACUGAACCUACUGACCUGCCAGGUCAAACCCAGUGGGGAGGACAAGAAGUGCUUUGACCUCAUCUCCCAUAAUCGCACAUAUCAUUUCCAGGCCGAAGAUGAACAGGAGUUUGUGAUCUGGAUAUCGGUGCUGACCAACAGUAAAGAGGAGGCACUGAACAAGGCGUUCCACGGGGAGCAGAGUACAGGAGGAGAGGACACCCUGGAGGAACUGACCAAAGCCAUCAUAGAAGACGUGCUACGGAUACCUGGCAACGAAAUCUGCUGUGACUGUGGUGCAGCUGAGCCAAAAUGGUUGUCUACUAAUCUCGGCAUCCUGACGUGUAUCGAGUGCUCUGGGAUCCACAGGGAGAUGGGUGUCCACAUCUCCCGCAUCCAGUCCAUGGAGCUAGACAAACUGGGGAGCUCCGAACUCUUGCUGGCUAAGAACAUGGGGAACAGUAGUUUCAAUGGCAUCAUGGAAGGCAAUAUUCCAUGUCCCUCGCCAAAGCCCACCCCAUCAAGUGACAUGACGGUGAGGAAGGAAUACAUCAACGCUAAAUACCUGGACCGCAAAUUUGCCCACCAGACUGGCAAAGCCACGGUUCCAGGCAAGUUGUCGGAGGCGGUGCGCUCCCGAGAUCUGCUGUUACUUAUCCAGAUUUAUGCCGAGGGGGCGGAGCUUAUGGAGCCCCUGCCCGAGGCAGGAAAGGAGCCCGGUGAGACUGCCCUCCACUACUCUGUGAGGACUGCUGACCAGACCUCCCUGCAUCUAGUGGACUUCCUGGUGCAAAACAGUGGCAAUCUAGACAGGCAGACGGAGAAUGGAAACACUGCACUACACUACUGCUGUCUGUACAAAAAACAAGAAUGUUUGAAACUGCUACUGCGGGGCAAACCAGCCAUCGACAUCGCCAAUCAAAGUGGAGAGACUGCUCUGGACAUUGCAAGAAGGUUGCGAGAUACCCAGUGCGAGGAACCGCUGAUGGAGGCGGCAGAGGGGAAGUUUAACCCUCACGUCCAUGUGGAGUAUGAGUGGAACCUGCGACUGGAGGAAAUAGACGAGAGUGAUGAUGACCUUGAUGAUAAGCCAAGUCCUGUGAAAAAAGACCGCUCUCCGCAGCCCCAGAGCUUCGGCCACUCCUCCAGUAUGUCCUCCCCUCAGGACAAGCUGACACUCCCGGGGGGUUACACCCCUCACAGGGACAAACAGCGCCUAUCCUACGGGGCCUUUGCCAACCCAGUCUACAACACCUUCACAGACAUGUCUCCCUCACCAGGACCUGACGGGACUACACUACCCAGCAGGACUGCAGGGAAAGCACCCUCUACUGGCCCGCCUACCUCCCUUCCCCUGGGCUCCCAGACUGGAGGCAGCGGUGGAAUCUCCGCCCUUAAGAAGAGACCCCCACCCCCUCCCCCCGGGCACAAGCGUACCCUCUCAGACCCCCCCAGCCCAGUCCCGCAAGGCCCCCAGAGCACAGGUGGGACCGGUUGGGGAAGCGUGUCCACUCCCCCGCCCACGAACAGGACCUCACCUGGAAACCAGUUUGAGCAGCAGCAGAGCGCUACCAUUAGUAAUACAAAGUCAACACUUGGUCCAAGGGUUCUACCCAAACUACCUCAAAAAGUGACACUACGGAAGAUCGACACUAUCCACCUCCCUUCAGUGGACAAGCUCUGCCAACCUCCGGAGGUUCUACAGAGGUCAACCUGCGCCCAACUAGAGUCUUACCAAAAAUCGCCCCAGCCACUGCAGACCCCCGGAGACACCCCUCAGAGGGCCCCGUUGGCAGAAAAAACGCAGCUAAGUGAACUGCCUCCCAAGCCCCAGAUGUCAGAUCUUCCCCCCAAGCCCCAGCUCUCUGACCGACCCCCGAAACGACAACUGUCGAAUCUCCCGCCCAAACCGCAGCUCAAGGACCUCCCGCCCAAACCUCAACUGAGCGACAUCCCUCCAAAGCCCCCUGUCAGUGAGCGGCUCCCUCCGGGCGAGGCCGUGCAGACUGCGAUGGACAAACAGUCUUGCAGUCAACAGGGGGCGCUAUCCCCCAGACAGGCCAGUGAGGACACCAAUGGAUCCCCGCCAUGUGCAGUGGAAAUGCCUGUGCCGCUGCCUCGGAAGAUCAACACUGGGAAGAGUAAAACGAGACGGGUGAAAACCAUUUACGACUGCCAGGCAGAUAACGAUGAUGAGCUGACCUUUGCAGAGGGAGAGGUUAUCAUCGUCACAGGAGAAGAGGACCCGGAGUGGUGGAUCGGGCACAUAGAAGGACAUCCCGAGAGGAAAGGGGUUUUCCCCAUGUCCUUUGUGCACAUUCUGUCCGACUGACAGCCAGAGAGACAGGUGUGAGGCCAUUCCUCUCAUCAAGCCCUUCCCUGGCCUCACAUCAGACUUUAGGCAGAAGUGAAACAAAUGCGAACAAAGAAUCCAACUCAGCGUCAUCGCAAUGAAGACGUAUUAUAUAUAAACUGUGAUAUCCGGCCUACCAGUAUUACUGUAGCAGCAACCCAGCAUGAAACUGGGUUUGCAGUAGCUUUCCUCAAUGUAUGCUGUAGCUGUAUUUUCAAUGACUGGCCUAGGAACAGUGGGUUAACUGGCCUAGGAACAGUGGGUUAACUGCCUGUUCAGGGGCAGAACAACAGAUUUGUACCUUGUCAGCUCGAGGGUUUGAACUCGCAACCUUCCGGUUACUAGUCCAACGCUCUAACCACUAGCCUACCCUGCCGCCCCUGUGUAUAGAUAAACAAAUCUAUGUAUGUCCAUGUAAGUGUGUCUUUGUACAUACAUAUGCACACCUAAGAGUGUAUAUUUCUGUACUUGUAUACAAGUGUGCAUAUGUACAUUGACCCAGCUUGCUCAGAAAGGCAGGGCUAUCUUCUUCUUGUUCCAACGGUCUACCAUUUUAGCUUGACUGUUUUAUGUCAUUAUGAUAUUUGAUAAGGAGUUUGUUACUCAGAUAAUAUACAGUAUAUUAGCCCUUAUGGCACAUAUCCUCUCUCUCUACUGGCCUGUUUAUUUGGAAAUGCAACAAAGUGAGUUUUGAGAUCGCUGAAAGACUGGAGGAAGUAUUUAUUCAUGACAAAUAUAAAAUGUGUUUGUUUUAUUUUUUGCUUAUAAUGGGAUCCAUUUGGAGAGACUUUUCUGUCACGGUAAAUUAUACAAUGCUAAUUUGAGCGAUAAAGUGAUUAAGAGCCUAGGAAGUCAAACCAUUUGUUGUAGUGCUGGCGGCUGCCACAGUUACUGCAUCAAUCCCCCAGUUGUUAGUAGUUCUCCUUCACCUUAACUGUGAUAUUAUAUGAUUACAUGUAUAGUGCGAGAAAUAUGCACUUAACGAAUCUUGAGAUUGUUGUGAAACGUGAAUUUUCAUGGAAAUCUCCCCUGCUUGCCCAGAGUAUCAAUCCAUGAAGUGAAAAUGGUGUUACACACACACACACACACAUACACACACUCACACUAAUGCACACACAUUGUUUCACAAGAUCAAACAUGACAAUUGUAAUCAAACCAAGCAUUGUGUGUGAUACAAAUUAUAGCUUGAGGAUAGAUGCUUCGUUUCAUACCGGGCUUCCAUCAGUAUUGGUCUGCAAGUGUCAACGGAGAAGGAUGAAGUUGCCCAACUAAUGGUUAAAGGGGGACUGAACAUCAUUUAGCCACAUUUUUCAUAUUGCCCAUUAAGAAAUGCAGCAGGCACGACUGAAGCCAAAUGAGAGUUGUCUUGUACAUUCAGUACACAAUUAGAGUCACUCACCCUUAUAGAUAACUUGAAAUAGUCAAACCAGGUCAUUGUCAUGUUGCACACCUUUUAGUUUUCUUAUUAAAUGCUUUCAAUUUUUGUAUAUGAAUUUCUAUCAUUUAUAGUUGGAGGUUUUUAAGUCAUAAUAAUUUGGAGAUAUUGUCGUUUGAAAUUUGAGGCUGACAAACUCCCCAGUCCCUGCUGAUGACAAGCACACCCAUAACAUGAAAAUACAGACAGUUUCACUUUGCAUUGGAUUUGACCCAAUACUUUAGUUUUUUAAUUCAUGCCAGAAAGUACAAAUCUUAGCCGAGUUGACGGUCGUUACUUAACGGUCCUGUUGGAAACAGAGUGGAUGAUUUGUAGUGGAUUUUUGAAUACAGGCCGAAGCAUGAGGUCAUGUUGUUGAGCUUCAGGAUUGUUAUUGUAUCUUCUUUUUUUUUUACUCUUAUUCAAUUUUACGGUGGAAUAUGAUUCAUUGUUAUGUUUGUUUAGAUUUGUCAUGGAGGAAUUUGCUGUGACUGACGGAGGUGUGAAAAUGACUCUGAAUGACAUGCCAUUUUUAAGUACAAGGUUUCGCCUUAGUUUAAAAUAAAGCUGUUGUCGUAUUAACAGGAAGGAAAUGAUGAACUAUUAAUGCUUCUUGUAUUAUAUUUGAUGUUGAAUGGUCAGUGACAUUUCUUAUGACUAUAGUUAGUGAUUGCUAAAUGGAGACACCUUUUAUUGUGUACUGAGUGUAAAUGUAUGUUUGUUUCUGUUUGGGGUAGGGGAAAAAACUGUCUCAUUGACAAGCUACACCACUAUCCUUGUGUUUGGCAUUGACUGUUUACAGUAGCUCAUUCAGCUAGGUUAUUCCUUGUGUUUGGCAUUGACUGUUUACAGUAGCUCAUUCAGCUAGGUUAUUCCUUGUGGGGGGAACAUUUGUUAGCACGUCUUGUUGUUAUUGUUCCUAAUAUGUGUGAUGAGAAUUGAAGCUUUCAUCACAGCCCCUUUAGACCAGGCUUUUUGUUACAUUUCUCAACUAAGUUUGUGUGAUUUCAGCACAGGCAAAACCGGUGGGGCUCCACUGAUGGAGGAGUGAUUAAGCCAUGGCAAUCAAUUGGCUGAUUCCCAAAUCCUCUAGAUUUGUACAUUUACUUGAAUAUUUAUUUAAUCUAGAAUUAUACCAGAAGCUGGACAUGGGUAAUAAUAAUUAAUUAAACAUAUUCUAAUGCAUCAAAUUCAAGUCAGAUUCCGCGCCUGUGUUAUUCCUCACUCAAGUUGGAUGUAUAUUGGACUGGCACUGCCAAACCGUGCUUUUUAGAAGGCUAGUUUGACAUUUGUUUUAUUGCGAAAUAACUGGAUGCAGAGCUACCCAUGUUCCGCAUGUGUGUUGGCUUCAUUGUUUGAUAUUGUGUGUUGAGGACAGAACCAUGACUCCAUUAUUCAUCGAAUAAUAAAGAUUUUAUGUUGAA